AUGGUCAUCCAUCAUCAGUACGACUUCCUGGCCCCAUUUGGCGGGAUCUUUAUGAAGGAACUCAAUAACAGCCAUCCCGUCAAGCUCAAACAGUGUCUGAGCAGUAGCAACUUUGUGGCCAAGGGCGAGUCGGAGAUGAACCUGGAAAAAGGCGAGAUUGUCUGCGUGCUCAAAAUCAUCUGUGAUGGCUGGGUCGUCGCACGCAAGACUAAACUCCUCAUUGACAACAAUGGCAAACUAAUCACACCUGAACUCAACCCUGUACUCCUCAACGAUCUCAACCAAUCCAUCCAGUCUAACUCUGACAAUCAUCAAAAUCUGUCUCUCACCGGCUUAUGUCAUGAGAACUAUCUGCUCCAAAUCUCCUAUUACUAA